CAGUUUCACGUUACUGCCGGAGCUGUUUGUUUCCGAGGAACAACAAAAACAUGUCCGAGUGCGACAGGAUAAACCGUUAAUCAGCGACAGCCACCUGAAGUCACCUCAACACGUCGUCGUUUCCACCGACUGCUUUAUGAUUCCCGUCGUGUUCACGGCCGAAAACCCAGAAAGAUGCCGCAGAAAGCACUGGGAUCCAUUGUAGGUCUUCUUUGUACCGGGACUUGUCUGGUGCAGGGGAAGGAGUUCUGUUUCGGGGUAAAUAAUGAGCAGUACCGCUGUGAGAUGGGGUACUGCUGUGGAGAGACAGAGUGCUGCACCUACUACUACGAGCUCUGGUGGUUCUGGUUGGUAUGGACCCUGAUUAUCAUGCUUAGCUGCUGCUGUGCCUACCGACACCGGAGGGUUAAGAUGCGUCUCCAGCAGGAGCAACGUCAACGUGAGAUCAGCCUCAUGGCCUACCAGGGAGCCUCCAGCUCCUUCAUUUCACCUCCUCCGCUCAAUCUAAGGUUCUGGAACGACUGCAAGCUUCCUGACUAUGAAGAGGUUGUAGGUCACCCCCCGACACCACCUCCUCCUUACUCUGAAAACCCCCCUGAGACGACUCCAGCGCUCCCUCCACAACUGAGCCAGCCAGACGCCACGGUGCCACAACCCCUGCCCGAGGCAGACCCUGGGGUGGACAGUCAGGCGUCAGGCUCGUCAUCAGACCAGGAAGCAGUGUCGAUGUCCACCCAAGCGCAGUGUCUGGCAGAGGAGAACGUGGAGGCUUCACUGAUUGCAGCGGUGGCGGCAGAGGAGGAGGAUGAGGAGCUUGUCACUCGACGUCGCCACGUCACCGGUGACUCAGGGAUUGAGGUGUGCGUCUGUCAGAUGGACGUAGAUGAGGGCUCGGGGCUUGAGGAGGAAAGUGACGAGGAGCACCGGAUGUGCAAGGUCACCGGUCAGGACUGCUGCUCCCGGCACCAGCAGCAGACCUUCAGACAGAAGGAGCACACCUCUGAGCUACCCAGCCAGACCGCCAGCACCAGCACUGGAGACCACAUGGUGUGAUCCGCAACGUGACUAACCAGCCAACUGGCGCGGCUUUCUGCUUCACGCGGAGGGAUACAAGAUAUCUGUUGCUGUCAUCAUCGCCACAGAGACUGUUUGUGUUUUAAUUCUUUGAACUAACACACAGGCAUGACGUUAAGAUGAUGAUGAUAACUAAUCCUUAAAGGCUCCUGAUUAAGAAAGAUGAAUAACACAUUGUGUGGACAAGCUCCUGGCUUUUUAAAAUUUAGCUUUGCUUUUGUUUAGUGGGGAAACCAGUAAACACAUGUUGAUGCUUUUUUUUCUUAGCAUUGAAUGAGAGAACGUCAUUGGGUAGUGAGAAGGCAGCAAUUGAUUGUGACUGCAACCAGAGGUGACUGCUUCCCUCGCUCCUACCCUCUCCUUGAGCACUGCCAUCAUGUGUCUGACCCGCCACGCUCCUCGAUCAGAACAUUUCCGGCCAUCCCUCCAUCUGACAUUUUACCUCUGGUGGGAUGGUCAACUCGGAGCAUACCAAUAUGGUCAACAACAUUUCUCCCCCUAUCCCCACUUUGACUCUGAAGCAGAGGAGUCAGAAACAAACCUUGAAAACUAAGGACGAUACUGGAUGAAUCGCCAAGAUUUUCCCCCAAAGCUGUGUGUGCGUGAGUGUGUGUGUGUGCUGUGAAAUCUAGGGCACAGCUGCAUGAUGAUGUCAGCUCUGAGGUCAUGGCAACCGGCGUCUGGUGUGAAGUCUGUGGGACUUUUCGCUUCUAGAGUGGGGGAGACUUUACACCCACAAAGAGAUGUAGACAGAGACAAGAAGGGGUUGUUGUUUUGUCUCCAGGUUUUAAAUGCCUCACACCUCCCCCAGCUUCUUUUUUUUCCAUGUUUUGAUAUCCAAAUUGUGGUCUCCACAGCUCUGUGGUCACCAGUUGGCAUGACUGUGGGUAAGGAGCUUAGAAUCAGUUUCAGACUGCAUUGAAUUCAUAGAAAUAGCCAAGAGGGCUACGCCACCAGUUUUGUAAUCAAUAAAAAGCCUCGUGGGGGCUCUGUGUUAGGGUGUUUUAUUUACAUCAGAGCAAGAAGUGGCAGCAUUUUGCUCAUUCUAAACAAGCAAAUAGUUGGAUGUUCAUAAAGAGGGAUACACUUGCUUUAAAAACAAACAUCAUAAUCAGCUAUACUUCAGUAAAAGCUGCAGGUGUCACCAUUAAUUACAACAAAGCUCCUGACAGGGCUGCUAGAGUGUGUACUAGUGAGUUGUUAUAGUGCAGUAGGCAAGGAUUGUGUGUCUGUAUAUCUUUCAAGUGCUGCAGCAUCUGUUUGUAAUACUUGCUCAGCACUGAGGUGGAUUAACUAUUAAAAGCACUGGUAUUUUGCAUGAGGCAUGAAUUUCUGUGUUUCUAUUUGAGUUGAUUAGCAUUUUCUGGCGCUACUUGCUUUUCUCAUCAGCUUGUCAAAAUGAUUGGCUACACAGCUGUGUACCCAGAUGUUAGGGUGAAGAAAUUGAGUUGAGAUGCCCUGGGUCCAGUUUCAUUGUGUUGUUUGACCGUGUGAGCCACGCUGUGCUGUUGUGUGAUGCUGGUGGCCAGUUAGCUCAUGCUGUCUUGGCUCUCUGUGGCCCCUGUAGCUCUUGGCAGCAUGAGGGAUUUGCAGUGGUAUUUUCCAUUGGCAGCAGAGGGUGGGCGCAUUAGCAAGUUAAGGUGGAUGCACGCUCUGUGCAGUGUUGGCACUGCUGCAGAAUCUAUUGUGAUUUAACUGCAUGCUUCUCUGCAUUGUUGCAUUGCAUGUUGCUCGCCCAAUAUACUGUACAGUGUGUGCAAAACAAAAUUACAAUUUGUUGCGAGAUAAAAGUAUGUGCAAGUAGAGCUGCAACAGCUUCAAUAAGAAUUUAGUUUGCUCAACGACUUUUCAUUUGUCUGCUCUGAUACUGUGUGUUAAAAUGGGCACAGUGUAAAGACUCAGGUCGGUCAUUCUGCUUCACACAAGUAACAUGCUCACAAAGUGCUGCUUCUCGUUGGCCUUUAUCAUUGUUAUGGUGUGCAACCUCCAUGGUGCAAUAUUUUAUUCCAGAUAAAUCCAUCUAAAAUGCCUUAUAUACAGACACUAUCUUGGAUCUAUGGACUAUCUUGAAUUAACAGUUUAAAUGUCCAGUUAUCGCUUAACAGGCUAACUUUCAAAUAUAGCUAAUAAUCACACAUUUCCAGCCUGCAAAAUAGGGAGUAAAUGCUAACAUUUCAUGCUUGUCAGCUAGAUUUAUUAAGGCAUUAAAAUAAGUUGGCAUGUCUCUUUAUUUUCAGCACUGUUUGAACCCUGACAAUGACACAUUUAAGAAAUUCUUGGCCUCUUGACAAGAGAUGAUGCUCUGCACUGGCUGUAGUUGUGUUUUUUAUCAUUCAAGCUGUGUGUAUAGGGAAACAAGAUAAGAAAAAUAUCAAUAUAAAGUGCAACAAAAUGAGUGCACGACUUAAACUGAAAGAAGACUUUGUUUCAUGUUCAUUGAAAAACCAGGUCCAACAUCAGUUUUCUUGUGCUGCGUUCAGGCGCCUUUGACAGGCUGUUUAACCCUUUCAGAUCUGAGCAGAUUGCUUUGAUUUCUUUCACAAACAUGGGGAAGAAAUGGGCAAUGACCCACUUGGAGAGAAAUGUCCUACAAAUUGCAAGAAAUUUUUAAAAGGUGAUGAACAAAAUUACAUGAAAAUUAGUUUUCAUAAAGGAGGUAGAAUUAUUAGAAAUGAUAAAAAAAGGGGGAGAAAAAAAGUCCAGAAAAAGAUAUUUGUUAACAUCAUAUCUUUGAAAUUAUCUUACAGGAAAAAUCAUAUACAUAUGUUGUUUGAUUUUCUGAACUUUGUUUUUUACUUUUCUUUUUUUUACUUAUUUUCAGGUAAUUUUCUCGUAACAUUUUACUCAUUUCUUGUAAAUUUCGGGGACAUACGUUAAGUUGCAUUCUCUCCUACGUUUUUGGAAAAAUGAAACCAAUUGACUCAGGUUUCAAAGGGUUAAAUAGGCAACGUGUUGUAAAGUUUGCAGUCCUUGUGUUGCAUAGUCGAACAGGUGCUUAAAUAUGAAGCCAAACUAACAUGACAUCGACCUUUUAAGAGGAGCUGUUACACUGUGAGCAUGACUACACGCCCAUUAGCAGAAAUAACAAGACAUUUUUUUGACCAACACACCUCAAACUGCCUUGCUGCAUCUCUAGAGAGCAAAUGUCUUGAUCAUGGAGCUGCACAAUAAAACGAAGCCUCUGUGUGCAGAAACAGACUGCCUUAUUCGAGUAGAUGUAGUCUUUUGAAUGGUCAUAGUUGUGUUUUGUUUCUAGCAUGAUUGCUUCAGAGGCAGAGGAGCGCUUGCAUUGAUAGAAAAUAACGCUUGUUCUGGGAAAGUGUGCUCGCUUUGUGAGAAGAGGAUGUGGUUUAAAAACUUUUAAAGCCACAAGUUAUAAUCUGUCAUACGUUGUGUAGAGUUUUACUUGCAUUUUGUAUCUGAGGGGUGGCUGUGUUGAAUUAUAACAAACUGUGCGUCUAGUUAGUUGUGGUACUGAUGGAAUUAGUCAAGACCAGAUUUUGUGCUUGUUCUGUUUUUGUUCCAGGGAUCUGGUUGCAGUUAGUUUGUGAUGUUAACUGGCUCGAAAACAUGAUGAAAAUAAGGAAAAAUGUUGUUUUUCUUUUUUAUGAUUUUGUUGUGAUUUGUGUGUGGAGGACAAAAAUGAACAACAAGAGAUUGUGUCGUAACCUUCCUGCUAAGGUGCAUUUUUGCUUAUUUGUAUGUAGACAAUAUAAUAGGGGAUGUGGGUGAGGAACGACGGGAACGAUAGGGGUUCUUGUGUGCAUGAGUGAACUGGAGGUCCAUAGUUUUCCGAUUGCCAAACAACGACUAUGCCUCCCUGGUUUUCACACGUUUACCGAGAUUAAGGGCUAACAGAAGUCAUCAGUUGUGGACAGACAUCCAGCCAUCCAUUUCACCGCGUGAUCCGUCUCCUUUGUGCUGUUGAUUAAAAGCCACAGUUGCCGAGAUCCACUAUCUAAACAUGGUCCGUGUUUGGACGCCGUUGUUAUGUUGUGGUGGAGCUCAUAUUUAACAAUAGCUGAUUGUAUAUUGACUGUAUAUGUUUGUUUUUACAGGCUUUAACUUUGCCUUUUUUUGUUUUGUCAACGGAGGUGCGUGAUGCGACAUCCCUCCAACAUCCCCUUCCACUUAAUGAGAUAAUUAUUUCAUAGCUGCAUGUGUGGCUGUGACAGGAGUUUUGUUCCGUUGGCUCUUUGUGGACAGUGACUCCACCCUCCGCCAGGCUCUGUCCUGGUAACGCAAACCGUAGCUCUGCGCGUGAAAACGGGAGGCUGCAUCAACUCAUGCACAAGUGUCGACAGAAUAAAUCUACCAAAGUCGCUGCCACCUCUGUACUACAGAGAUCGUCACUGUUUUCAUUAUUGUGUGCGUGUAUGAUUGUCAUGACGAUUUGGUUUCCCACUCUCAGGGUAAUCUUUAACAAGCAAUGCUUAGAGUUUUAAAUACACAAAUUAUUUGACCCACCAGUCUCAUAAAGCCAAAGCCGUUCUUUCGUGAUAGUCUCCCCAUUUGUUGGUUAAUGUUGUUUCUGCAUCACGCAUCUCUAUAGUCUGUUGUACUGAACUAGGCUAUGCAAAAACAUACUGUUAUAUGCUGCGACCCCCUUUUCUCACUCUCUCUGUCAUUUGUCUGUGGGCACCAGUACAAGCAAUAUAACUCUCAGUACUCGUGGCACUGCACUGUACUGUAAUCUUUGGUUGGUGUGCGUAUUUGUUUAAGAAAACGUGUAAAAAAAAAAAAUACUUGUAAUGCUACUGCAAUGAUGUGUUGAGUAUGUAUGCUUCCGUGUCAGCUGAGGGGCUUCAGUUAAAAAGCCAUUCUAGUUUAUUAUAUACUCUUUUUUUCUCCUCUUUUUGGCUUUUUCCUGCCUGCCUCCUCAACCACUAACACUUUGUACUCCGGACUUAUGGAUAAACCACAUUAGUAAGUUGUUUAAAGCCGGAGGAAAAAGUUGAGUAUGUAUGUAUCUUUAAUCUGUUUGCCACUUUUCCAUCCGUCAUUUUUGUUGCACUAAUUCGAUGUGUUGGUUUUCUCAGUUAAAGCAACAGCUUUUCUUCUUUUUCCAUCCCGGUGAAGUUUCACUGACUGUUGCCUUUUUAAUCCUCAGUUAUUACAACACAAAACUUUUAUAUAUUAUACAUAUGAAAGACCUCAACAUGGAACACAGUCAGCCUACAUUAGACCAUUUGACUGAAACAGGGACAUUGUCAUUGUUCCCAUCCAACAACUUGUAAACUGUACUUUUAUUCUCAACCAUAUGAUACCAAACAGAUGGAGGUGCCAUGGUUGAGUUAUGCGGAUUUUUUUUUUUUUUUUUUUUUGCCAAAAUGAGAAACAUCCUAGUUUGAGAGGGAAGCAGGCAUUUACAAACACACAACCGACUCUUUCUACAUUGUUUUCCUAAUAACUUUAAACAAGCCAAAAUGAGUAAUGUGGGAAAAACAGAGAAAAAAAUAUGUAAAGCACUGAAUGAAAGAUAAAAAGGCUUUGGGUUUCGUAAGAAGUCUGCUGUGUACUCGUUGGGUCAUCAUUUGUAUUUUAUUUUUUUAAUAAAACAAAGAUUGGCACUCA